UCACUGAGUAGAACUGUUUACAUUUAUAUUGAAAACAUCAUCCAUAUAAUAUUUAUCUGUAACUGCAACAGCUUAAGUUUGUUUUGGUUUCUCAAUGUUUACUUCGGAGAGACAUUAAUAGCAUGAUCAAAUGAAAUUAUAGAUAAUUUAUUAAUUAUGGCAAAAAUUAAAUCUUUUAUGGAAAAUGCUGUUCAUAAUAAAAAUGUUCUUGCAGCUAAAUAUGAAAAAUUAGACCCGCCAUCUCAUGUAACUAAAGCCACGUCUAUUGAUAUAACAACAGAACAGACUAAUGAUAAAUUAACUGGAUUUAGAGAAAUCAAGUUUAUUAGUAACUUAGUAUUAUUCUUUUUAAAAAAAUGCUGGAUGAUGUGCAGUGCUGCUGUCUUUGUGAUAUUUGUCAUUUACUGGUAUUAUGGUAGCAUUACCGCCUUCAUUUUAUUUGUAUUUGCACUCACUGGCUUCCUAAUGCCCAAGGAUUACAUAAAUUCUGUGGAUACAAUGUUCUGUUGCUUGAAUAUCGUGGUUAUGGUCAUAGUAACGGCUCACCAAGUGAAGAAGGUUUGUAUCUUGAUGCACAGGCUGGAUUGAAAUAUUUACUUCAACAACCUUUCAUAGAUAAGAGUAAAAUUAUUGUGUUUGGAAGAUCUUUGGGUGGAGCUGUUGCAAUAGACUUAGUUAGUCAUCCAGAAUAUGCAAAGCAUGUACUAGUUUUAAUUGUGGAAAAUACAUUCACAAGUAUUCCAGACAUUGCAAGAGAAAUGUUUAAUUUAAGAAUUUUGAGGUGGUUGCCGACAUGUGCUUUUAAAAACCAAUUUUUAUCUAUAAAGAAAAUAAGGCGAAUUAAAAGACCUUCACUAUUCAUUUCUGGGCAAGCUGAUGUUAUUAUUCCUCCAUCAAUGAUGAGGGCAUUGUUGCUUGAAUCUGGUAGUCCAAUCAAAAGAUUGUAUCCUUUUGAGUAUGGCACUCAUAAUGAAACGUGGCAGUGUAAAGGCUACUAUAAAAUGGUCAGCAUGUUUAUCGAUGAUGUUAUGUUAGCUCAAGAAAUGAACAUUUGUCCUUCAAACUAUGAUGGAAGGGGUGAAAUAUAUUGAUUGCAUGGAAACAUUUAAAGAAUAAUUGUUGGAGAUUAAGUUGAAAUUUGUAUGUGAUAGCAUCUAAAACGGUUGUAUGCAUUUUCUGUGAUUCUCAUUAUCAUAAUAAAUUGAAAUAGAUUCAUAUGUAUGUUGAAGAAAACAUGAAGUUAAGAAAUUUAAUUACUUCAUUACAUCUAGCUGGCCUGUUCAUCAAGACAGAUGUAUGCAACAUUUACAUGCAUGUAUACUUCCAUAUCAUAUUAUAACCACAUUGCUUAUUUUUAGUAUAAUUGCCCUUUAUUAACAUGGAAACUGUUAAUGAUAUGGCAAUUUUGAAGUGAUAUCUAGAUUCUGAAAUGAUGUAGUUAAAACCUAAAAAAAUGUCAAAAAUAUGUUAAAAAUAUGCAUUGACAGGUAUUUGAAGUUUUGCAAAUUGUACUUUAUCUAGUACAUUAAACUUUUUAUGUAAGGAGAACCUUAAAGUGACAUCUAUAUUCAGAAAAAUGUUGUAAAAACCUCUAAAAAUAUACCAAGUCAUAUAACAGGUAUUUGAAGUUCUAGAUAUUGUACUUUAUGAAAUACUAUGUAUGAUAUGGCGAUCUUGGAGUAACAUCUAGAUUCUGAAGUGAUGUAGUGAAAAAUAUUACAAAUAUCCCAUAGGAUGUAAAAAUUACUUGAAGCUACGGAAAUGGUAGUAAUGUGAAGUGUUCAUGUGGUUUCUCGUUUGGAAGUUAUAUUGAUCAAGAUUAUUUCAAAAAGAGUGUUAGAUACCUUGGUUUCAAGUUUAAAAUGUCUUGAAUUGGUUAAGUGAAGUUUUCACCAUUGCGGAAACAAUAUUGUAUGAGGUGCUUCUUUAAUGAGCGUAAAGUUGUCCUUCAUCUUAGACUGUUCUGGAUUGAUGAAUGGUAGAAUGUAACUUGACAUCUAUCUAUAGAUGUACAAAUUAAAAUUCUUUUAUUGUCUUCUAUGGAUCUAAUAGUACUGUAUUUUUGUUAACAUUUAAUUGAAACAACUUUUUGUUCUGCAUCUGAUGAAUGGCUGAACAUGACUAGGGUUGACUCAUCAUUGAUUUCUAAAAAC